AUGGGUAAGGCUGUUUUAACUUAGUUUGAACUCAACUGGAACUCAUAAAUUUAAUUUUUGACUACACAGUGGUGUAACUUAAUUGCCAUUAUACUUGCCAUCAGGUUUAGUUUUGCAGGCUCACAGAUUAACAAAAUUUAAAGCAGUUUAUUUUAGUAAGGAUUGGUUAAUCACUAUUUUAAUUUUAUGUUUUCCUUAACAAAUUCAAUUGAAGACUAAUAAACAUUCAGUAUUGAAUUCAGCUGAUUUAUUAAUGAUAAAGAAUCAAAGAAUGCAUAACAUAAAGAAGCAAACAAUUUAGUAUAGCAAUUAUACAGAGACCAAUAUAAAUAAUUGUAUAGAAUAUUAAUAAUUAAUUAGAAAUUUGCCUUUAGUCAGUAUUGUAUAGCCUUAAAAGUAUAAACUAGUUAACUUGACUUAAAACUGUUGUGUUGAUCAUAUUGUGUACACUUAGCUUAGCCCAAACUAAAAUACCAGUAUAUUUUUGGUGUUGUUCUGGGUCUUUAGCCAUGUUUGAUACAGAUGGCAAUGGUGUAAUUGAUUUCAACGAGUUUGCUGCAUUAUGGCAAUAUGUUUGUGACUGGCAAGAGACAUUCCGCAGUUUUGAUUUGGACAACUCUGGUACAAUUGACAGACAUGAAUUGAAAUCAGGUAUGCCUGUGUAAUGCACAGUCAAAAAUUUAGGAAUUUUUUAUCAUGCCAAAAUUGCACCGGUCAAGCAACAAUUAACACCCAACUGGAAAAUAUACACACUAUGCAGCUGUACCUGAAUAUAGGAUUUAUAAAUUAUAGCAACCAAACUAAGGGACUGGUCAUAAAGUAACUGCUAGGGUGGGCUGGAGGUAAAUCACAAAUUUUGCCAAUAAGUUUGGUGACCCAUCUUAGGAUGUAGAUAAAAAUUGCAAAGCCCAUCUAAUCUUACAAAAAAUGUUUCAUGACCCACCCAAUUUUUAUUGGAAAAAUACACUUUUAUAAUAAAAAAACUUGCAGGUAUACUAUGAACAUUAUUUGUAAAUAUACACGCACUGUAUUGACAUACAUAAUUCCACCAAGUUUGACCAACACAUUGAUACUGAGCUGCUCUCCAGUUGGUUGUAUUUGCUAUGAUUCGACCACUUGUUGUUGUUGUAUAAACAGAGUACUGGCUUCAAUAGCAUCAUUUGCAUUUGAUAAUUUGGAUAUAGUUUUGUUUACUUUUAUUAUUAUCUUUAUUUUUUGAAGUAGACAUGCAUGGGUUUUUGUUUGGUGCCCCAACCGUGGACAUACAAAAAAAACUGGCGGCCCAUCGAAACUGACCAAAGAUUUUCCAUGGCCCAUCCCAAAUCACUCCAGCCCACCCUAGCAGUUACUUUAUGACCGGUCCCUAAAGGCAACCAAAUUCACAUCUCAAUAUUUAACAAAAUCUGCAACCAUUGCGCACACAUACACACAUCUCUUCUCUGCAGAGCCUUUCCAUGGGGCGACCUUUCGGGCUGCAAGCAGGCUACCUCUUACCAUCUAUGAUAUUUUCGAAGAUAUCUAGAAGAUUUUCCCUUUGACAAGUAAAAUUGUCUGACAGAUCAUAUAAAGUUAUAAUUAAGAAGGACAUGUUACAUUGGGGUACAUUGCAGCUUAAUGGGUUGAUAAGGCCAAUGAAAAUUGAUAUCAUGUUUCUCGUCCCCGCCCGCAUGGGAUUUAUCUGCCGCACGAAAAUUUUUCAUUAUUCAUUAUUUUUGAAAAAUUAGGCUUAAAAAACACCAAAUUCAUCUCUAGAUCAAAGUCUUAUUGCUGCAUUCCGCAAGCGCAACUCAAAUUGUAUCUUUCUAAAGAUGUUACUCGCCAGAAUGCCUCUAUUUUUCAUGUCAGCCCUGGUAUGUGUAGAAAUAUACUGUAGUCUGUAGACUGUAGUGUAGGACGUAUUAAAUUAAAAUGAAUUAUACACCAAUUCUUAAUACUUCAGAUUUUUAUGGGGUUUUUUACUGGGUCAAGGAAAUUAUUGACAAGCAGAAUUCAAAUACAAAAAAAUAAUAAAAAAUGAAAAAAUUCCGCUCCAAAUUUUUGAAAAUUGUGGACGAGAAACACGAUAUCAAUUUUCAUUGGCCUAAACUUAUAUUCCAGUUCAACUACAGUUUUGUAAAAGUUACUGUAGUUUUAUUAAUCAAUUGAGCACCAAGUAAAAUAAUAAAAUAAGGUACAUUACACAGGAAAAAAAUUAAAUUUCCAUUAACGGAUUUUUGAAUGUAAAAACUGAACUUUGACCAUUAUUGGUUAUUAUAGAUGAUGUUUAAUAUUUACCAGGAAAAUAGCAUUAAUUGAUGGUAAUUGGUAAAUAUUAAACAUCGUGGUUUUUACCAAUUAAUUUACCGUAUGGGGAUUCUAUAAUAACCAAUAAUGGUAAGAGUCCAGUUUUUACAUUGAUAGCAUACAUGAUAAAUCUUUAAAAAACCAUUAAUGGAAAUUUAAAAUUUUCCCUGUAUAUAGGGCGCAAUGCAAAGUAUUGGUUAAUAAUUUUUUUCUGUAUUUUUACUAAGCACCACACAGAAAGAAAGUCCCCCCUAAAUAUAUCAUCAUAAGUUCUAAAUAAAUGUUUACGGAUAAUAGACAGAUCGCUUUUGCUGGUCCCAUGCACGCGAUGCUCAAUUGGGGCGAGGUCCCAGGCCACAUGAUUCUAGUUUUCUGAGGAGAUGAUGCCUUGACGUUAUCGAGAAAUGUGGUGGUUACACCAUUAAAUCAUUGAUGAAACAAUUUACUGUUAUACCUUGUGAAAUUUAAAUGAAGUCAUUCUUGUUAAUUUUGAAAUUGGGUAUUUUUGUAUUCAAUGGAGGCUAAGUCAUUCUUUAAAACACGAAUGGCCCCAUUCUUCACGUAGCAUUAAGCAAACUACCAUAGGUCUAAUUAGUGUUGAGGUAUGAUUAUCAGGUAAUCAUUGAUUUAGAACUUACGAUUAUAUAUUUAGGGAAAGAUUUUUCUGUGUUGGUGUAAUGUACUCAGGUGAAUAUGAUGCUUUUGAUGUUACUGAGUGUAUAUCCACACCGGGCAAGCUUGAAUAAUAUGCUUGGCCACGGUGGGAAUCGAACCUACGACCUUUGGAAUACUAGCCCAAUGCUCUGCCAACUGAGCUACUGUACGCGGUCAGGCAUAUUUUUCAAGCUUGCCCGGUGUGGAUGUACACACUCAGAGUAACAUCACAAGCAUCAUAUUUAGGGAACUUUCUUUUUGUACUCUACAAAAUGUUUUAAAUAAAACACCGCAUCGAAAUUUCUAUUCAUUCAUUUCCAAUUAGGAUUCAACCUGUCAGAGAGAUUUUACGGCAUUUUAAUAACAAAAUUUGAUCGCAGUGGUCGUGGUGAUAUUCGUUUUGAUGACUUCAUCCAGUGUUGUGUUGUCUUACAG